CAAAUCAAUGCUUGUGCUUGAUCGAUUAUUUUGGUGAAAAAGUUUGGUUUUAUUUUUAUUAUAAGUUGUAAUUGCAAUUAUAUUACACACAAUAUGACGGGCCACGUUUCUAUAAGAUUAGCGUCAGAACGAGUAAACCAUUGUGUUGCUACUAGUAAUGAAUUGCCUCGCUUUUACACGCCAGGAGAAGUUAUAUCUGGUAUGCAGGAUUUUAUGCGGGGUCACGGAACUUAUACAGAAGACGACAAUCUAAAGUCCUCAGUAGCGGGUGUCAUGCAAAAAGUUAACAAGUUGAUUUGCAUUAGACCUUUAAAAAGUCGAUAUGUGGGGGAAAUUGGAGAUGUUAUUGUUGGUCGCGUGUUGGAAGUGCAGCAGCGACGCUGGAAAGUAGAUACCAAUUCACGUUUAGACUCAAUUCUUCAGUUAUCUUCAGUCAAUCUUCCUGGAGGAGAAUUGCGUCGCCGGUCAGUUGAAGAUGAACAGUCCAUGAGGAAGGUAUUAGAGGAAGGUGAUCUGAUUAGUGCUGAAGUACAGAAUUUAUUUUCUGAUGGCUCACUCGCUCUACACACAAGAAGCUUAAAGUAUGGCAAAUUAGUCCAAGGUACUCUAGUGAAGGUAUUCCCAUCAUUAAUUAAGAGAAGAAAAAACCAUUUUCACAAUAUUCUAGGCAUUUCAAUAAUUAUUGGUAAUAAUGGCUACAUAUGGAUAUCUCCUCUAGAGAAAGAGCCCACCGAAGAUGAUGAAAAUCUUGAAAAUAUUGUAGAAGCUAAACUUGAGGUAAUUCAAAGUUUUAACUACUAAGACAUAUUUAA